UUGUUGACUUUCAUAAUGUAUUGAAGAUAUCCGACUUUGGAAUGGCUCGAUUUGAUCAGACAGCUGAAUGUAAUGCUGCCUUACAGCCGGGCGUGUUUCCAACCAGGUGGACUGCACCUGAGGUGUUCACUCAUGGGUUAUUGUCAAAACACUCUGAUGUCUGGAGUUUUGGUGUCACUUUCUAUGAAUUUGUUACAGCUGGAGCUGUGCCAUACGCUCAGUUCACUAACAAGGAGACAAAACAGAAAGUAUUAGAAGGAUAUCGUCUGGAGCAGCCUGGCGAUUGUCUUGAUAGAUUUUAUGAGAUUAUGAUGAAGUGCUGGAACGGCAAGCCAAAAGCGAGGCCGACUGUCACAGAAAUCAGUCAAAGUCUACUCACUUUUAAGGCCGAUAGAGCUGAGACUAUGCGACCAAAGUUCAAUUUAUCGCAGCUGAGCGUCGAAUCCUCGGACUCGAUUUCUUCACUAACAGAAGGGCAAGAUUUUGUGUCGGGUAGUGUGUCACCGUCUCCAUCAUUUGAUGACCGGUCAAGGCGGAAUUCUGGCUUGACAUUAAGGAAGACUAGGGCAAAGUCGAGAGGAUCUAUGGCUUCAGUCAAGGUUGAGAAAUUAUUAUGUGUUUACACGAUGCUUGUGUCACCAUUUUAUUCUCAAGUUGUUCUAAGAGUCAAAUCAAAGCAAAGAGCAUCCGACGUGCUGGCCAUGGUUCUAAAAAAGAUAGACAAAGAGAAGGCGUCUCCGUCAAUGUUUGCUCUUGUUGAAGUAUUCGAUGCUGAAGGAUUGGAGACGAAGUCGAUGUCUCGGUAUUUAACAGACAAGGAACAACCGUUAAUUGUUAGACGAGAAUGGACACGGCGAGGUCGUUUCUUUCUGUUCAACCGAGUAGGUAAUAGUUCGGAGGCUCUCUUGGAUGCCCUCAAUGGGUAUCUACAACAGUCUGAUAAUGCGGCUAAAAUGCAGUACAAGACGCGGGGAUAUCUGAUUAAGUUUGAUGAGAAUGUGGGAGGCACGAAGGGACGUAAUGUUUCUAGGAAUUGGACUCGCUACUGGACGGUGCUCGAUGGAUCGACGAUGCUCUUCUACAAGGACGAGGAAGAUGAAGAGGGCGAGCCGCUCAUACACUUGAGCGUGAAGAACGGCUGCGUCGAGCCAGCUGCAGAUUAUGUAAAGAAAAAGAGUGUGUUGCGACUGACGACCGAGAAUGGCGAUCAGUAUUGGCUCCAUGCCAGCAAUAAGGACGACAUGUAUCGCUGGGUUGAGGCCAUUCAUUCAGUGAGACAUGAUUCGGCUUCGAUUAUCUUAGAGAAAUUUGGCAGCGGUGAAGUGUUAAAGUCCGGCUUUCUAAACGUCACUUGUCAAGACUCAGAGCAAGGGUCAUCGUCUGAGCCGAUUGGCCGUAACUGGUUUGUGCUCAAGGAUCAACAUCUUUCCUACUUUCAACAAGGCGAACGUGUCGUCGCCGUCGACUUCAACAAGUGUGUCAAAGUGAUAGUCGUGACUCCGAACAUAGUCAAAGAUUUUGACGAGAAGAAGAUGUCUACGUCUAGUCUCCUUACGUUCGGCAUUGAUGUAGUACUAGGAGACUGUACGUUUCAUAUGAAGCCGGACACGCCCGGAGAACAAGAGGAAUGGGUGACAUCAUUUGAGAAGGCACUGACUCCUAUUGGUAAAGCGGACGUCAUCUCGUUGGUGGAACCAGAGGAUGUUUUCGAAGGCGGUGAAAGUGCGUUGUCGCAUUCGCCCGGUUCGGACAACUAUGUUAAGUUUCGACGUGUAGAAGGCUUACCGUCUUUGCCAAGGCUUAGUGAGGAAACGGAUGAUAGCACGAGGUCAGUGGCAACGUCGCCGGCCGGUGGAGUCGAUAUUGACUCGACCAAGUCAACGGAUGCGUCUACGAAUGAUAAUACGGCGAUGCUAGAGGUCAAGGAGGUGAGCAAGUCAGCUAGUAGUGAUUCUGUAAUUGUAAAACUUCAAAGGUCUUUUAGUCAACGUAAGGGAGGAGGAUAUUCGGUACACGACAAACUUAUAAAGGAAGGUCUUGACGAGAGUGUCGUGUACGAAACGACUUCGUUAUCAAAUAACAAGCUUUUACAACCGAGUGGUGAUCAAGUGUCGUCUUUGCCUGAUAUCGAUGAGCUCCCACCUCCACCCAAAGAUUUAUUUAUUCCAAGUGAAGCCGAUCUUUCAGUGCCAUUGGAUGAUCUGCCACCGCCGCCACCGCCGCCUCCAGAUUUUGAUGAAUUGCCACCAUCGUUGCCUACGAAGUCUUGGAAAGAUGCAUCUGACUUUGAAUCGUUGGCGCCAUUGGUGGAUCGAGAAACGAAGCCGAGACAUCGUGUUCACACGGCUGAUAGUUCGUUGUGUGCCGGUGGUCAUCAUGAUAACUCUGAGUAUGUGAGAAUGGAUCAUGUACGAAGAAGUGAGACGCUCUCUAGUCAUCAUCCCAGACAGAGUUCAGAUGAAUACAUUCGAAUGCAUCGAGUGUUGUUGAACGGAACAGGUGCGCACGGACCUGUCCCUGACGAUCCGAAUUACGUCAGAAUGGCGGCUCUUCCCGGCUCACAACCGAUCGAGAUCAAUAGUGGAAACUACGUCCGAAUGGCUUCGAGUCGGGUGCCACUGGCGUCGGCUGGUUAUCGGUAUGUGACAAAGAAGACGUCUCCUCUGUUAGGCAGACGAAAUGUACCACCGUAUGCUCAUGAGCGGCAAGAUAGUUUAGAUGGUGGAGAGACGGGUGGAGUUCUUCUGUACCCACCGGCGUCUCCGGCUCGAACACCGUCUCCGAAUACGUCACCGAAAUUAGUCCGCGAUCAGGAUCAUCGAGAUGGACCGUCGUCGCUCGGUAGCACGUCGAGUUCGUCGGCACCGUCUACACCUCAACCGUUUGCCACCGACGAUCCAUCAAAGAUGUCUAAGAUGCCUAAACGUGAUUUGUUUUCGUCGCCUCGUCGGACUAUAGGAGAUGCGUGUUCGAAGGGAAAUUCACCUCUACCGAGUCCGGGUGUGCGUGAUUUACCAGCUGCUGCGGGUGUCGGGUAUACUAGAGCGAACACGUUUGUGCGUCAAGCUUCGAGUCCUGGUGUGUAUGCGCAGGGUGGAUCGUACGGCCAGGGCCAAACAAGAACGAUGUCGCCUCCGAGACGAGAGUCGAUGAGUUCCGUGUCGUCGGACCAGUACACUUGGGAAAGAUCGGAUUCGUUGUUGUCGCGAUCAUCGUCUGGUAGUCAACGCUCACAGUCGUCAGUUCAUGGCAUAGCAAAGGCACAACCAUUGCCUGCGGGCUGGAAGUCGAAUUCUGGGUCUGAUGGUAGAAUAUAUUAUUAUAACGGGGAAACAAAACAGAGAACAUGGCAUAUUAGUGAAGUGUGGGCAUCAGUCAAUACAUCUGAUUACACUCUAACGUCGAUGGGUCCCGGUUGGCAGGCCGUGUUGACUCCCGACGGUCGUACGUAUUACUAUCACAAGGGGACAAGACAGACGUCGUGGAAUAUAGUGGACACUUGGAAACAGUGAUGUACGAACAGUCUAGUGUUUGUAUGCAUUUGUUAUGUAGAUAAAUGCACCAUAUCUGGUCUAUUUUUUACAUGACAAGAGUUGCACGUGUUUUGAUUAGUCUUAUAGUCGAUUACCAUGUUCAUGACGGACAUUUGGUUCGAUGUUUUACCGUGUUCCCCACUGUUGGGGCGAUUGCUUUUAUGAUGUUGUAAUAAUUGUUCUGAUGCAAUUGACUUGUCUAGUUGUCACAAGGUAAAUAUGGAAUUUUAGAAUUAUUUUGUAAUUGUGA